GAUCGAUAGUGAGAAGAGGACUCUAAGGACGAAGAGACGAAAUUGAAUGCGCAGAAGAAAAGUUUUUAAACUAGGUGAUAAAAAAAAGCGACCGGAUCUGAAAGCGACACGUUAGAUGGAGAGUCUGCUGUCUGGUAUACCCGGUUUAGUUUAUUUGUUUCCUCGUUUUCAUUUCUGAACUCAAGUCAAUGAGUCAAGGGGAAAAAAAGGCAAGGCCUGAGAGUCUCUCGAGUCAAAGUAUAAAUAUGCCAGGUCGGUGCAUUGGACUCGGCAGUCGAAGUUUCAAGAUCGAACAAUUCUACAGUUUCUUUCCCGUUUCGAGUUGUCCAUUAUUGGUUCCUUCGCUCUAUCAUGAGAUCGACUACGGUUUAUCUAUCAGCCGUCAUUGUAUUGGCGUCCGUCUGGAAUGGAUUCACUGUGGCUGUUCCGCUACCUCAGACAGACGUUGCCAACUCAACGGCACCGGUGUCUCCUGUCGAAAAAUCGUCCAACAUCAAAAGUCGCCAGUUCAAUGCGAACGUGCCGACAGGAGCCACUGGGCUGAGCGGUGGAAACGCGGCCGGAAUGCAAAGUCCUCUUCAGCAAUUGGCCCUCCUGCAGCAAAUGACCAACUCCAACAACAACCCCAUGUCCAUAGCCUCCGAACUGGAGGCGCAGAAACAGGAAAACUUCCAUUUGCAGAACCAAAAACAACAGCAGGGUCUUUUAGCUUCGGUUCACAUCAAGCAAGACCAGAUUGCAACAGCACAGGCAGCCAUAACAAAUCAGAGUAAUAUGGUGAACGGCCACCAACCCGCUGCUGUGAUGCAAGCGGCGCUCAGUCCACAGUUGCAGCAACUUCAACAGAGCCUGGAAGCGCAAAAGCAGCAGCUCUUGGUCCAGCAGCAGGUACUCCAGCAGCAGGUGAAACCGGAAGCUCAGCAAUUGAACAAACAACAAAUCCUGAUGGCCCAGCUUCUGAACGAGCCUCCGGCUAAGCGUCCUCAGCUUUGGGAACAAAUCAAGCAGACGGUGACGAAACAGGAAGCUGCCAUGAUGGUCAAUCCGUUGGCCCAGCAAGGACAGUUGGGCUUCUCUCAGAUGAGCCUGGCGCAGCAGCCCAGCAGAAGCCAACAGGAAUUGCAGCGAUACCAGACGUUGAUUCAACUCUUGGGUUUGGCCAAUCUGGCCUCUUCAAGCAACCCCAACCGCCAAGGAUACUACACCGAUCCCAAUAGUUCAAUGGUCUCCGGUGGUCUACCUUAUUCACCGUUCGGGAGCAAUGCGGCAAUGAGCGUUCAGGCCGUACAAAUGAUGCAUCAGCAGCAAAUGCUCUUGCUUCAACGACAGCAGCAAAUGAUGAUGCUUCGACAGCAAAUGGCGAUGAUGAAUCCGUUCAUGUUCUAACAUCGUCCUCCCUUUAAUAACUUUAUUCUUAUAUAUUUAUGUUCCCACACUUUGCUCCCUAAAUUAAAGCGUCCACUUAAUUUUAUUUGCAUCUCUCUUUCCUGUUUCUCGUCGAGGAAGGAAUAGAAUAAAUAUACAUUGUUUUAUGUUA